GGCGACGUGAGCAGGUACCGCUUGGUACUCUUUGGAGCUAACUCAUUACUGGGUGUUUCCAGGGGGAUUCCAGGGGAGAGAUGAUUGACGUGAAGGCCUGGGCGGAGUACGUGGUGGAGUGGGCGGCCAAAGACCCCUACGGCUUCCUAACCACUGUGAUCCUGGCACUCACUCCGCUGUUCAUCGCCAGCGCCCUGUUGUCAUGGAAGCUCGCCAAGAUGAUCGAGGCCAGGGACCGCGAACAAAGGAAGAAGCAGAAACGGCAAGAGAACAUCGCCAAAGCAAAGAGGCCCAAGAAAGACUGAGCGGUUCUAUGGGGGUGUGGAGCAACUGGGGUGAUCUACAAGGACACCACCCCCCCUUCCAAAAGGAGCCAUGGAGAAGUUUACACAGAGGUUACAUGCGAGGGAAAGGAGGGACAGGAGAGACAGGGCAAUGUCGGCUAGCCUCCCUCGCCAGGUGAAAUCCACUGCUGAUCUCAAGUCUACUAUGUUGCCAUUGCUUUGCAUUCCAUUGGUAAUACUGCAUACUUAAAAGGUUCUUUUAUAAGC